AGUUAUAUUCAAUUAAUUUUUCAAUCAAUUACUAUAAUUAUUUUACAGACCGUAUCGUAAUUGCAAAAUAAUUGAAGAAAACAUAAAUUUAAAAUUAAAUUAUUUUUAAAUUAAUUUCCAUUAUCACUGGUAAUCAACGAGAAACCGCGUCAAAUCAAUAAAUAAAUAAUGUAAAGUGUCUCAGUGGGCUGUACACUCGCCGGCUGCCGUACAUAUAGGGUACAUAUUUAUGUGACCGACCGACACGUUAACAAGUGACAUUCUGAAGUGCGUUUCUAAACUAAAAAAUAUUCAAGCUUUGCUUUCCAAACUAAUCUCACAGUUAUCAGUCGUUGAGUGAGGGGCGGUGGUAGUACUAGUCUAGCCGGUGGUGACUGGUGGUGACCGGUGGUGACCGACGGUGACGGUGGUCGGCUGGUGACGUCACCCUGCUGCAUGUGAUGUCCGCGCGGCGCGGCGCCAUGUACACCAUCGACCACAUCCUGGGCCGAGCAGAGCCCGCGCACCAUCGCAUCGAGCUGAAGAGCGAGAGCACGCACUCCGACUCGGAGCACGAAGUGGAGCCGGGCGAGCACGCGGCGCACGAGCACGAACACGAGACUGAGCACGAGCACGAGCACGCGAGCGACGCGGGCGAGCACGCUGACGCGCUGGAGCAGCUGGACGCCGGCAGACCUCGUAAGCAGGUGAGGCGCAGCCGCACGACGUUCACGACGUACCAGCUGCACGAGCUGGAGCGCGCCUUCGACAAGACGCAGUACCCGGACGUGUUCACGCGCGAGGAGCUCGCGCUCAGGCUGGACCUCAGCGAGGCGCGCGUGCAGGUGUGGUUCCAGAACCGGCGCGCCAAGUGGCGCAAGCGGGAGAAGGCCCUGGGCCGCGACCACGCGCCCUUCCUGCAUCAUGAGCACGUGGUAGGCGAGUGGUCAUCUCCGCUGGGCGGCGAGUGGUGGGCGCUGGGCGUGGGCGCCGGACUGGGCGCGGGUGGCGUGGGCGCGUUGCAGCUGGGCGCUGGAGUGGGGGGAGGGAGUGGGGCGUUGCCUAUACCUGCCCUCGCGCCGCUCUGGCCUGACGCCGAGCCGGCUGCUGCCUUCCGGGCGCUCUUGCAUAGGUACGUGCUGGCGCUACCCCACGUGCGCUCCCCCCCGGCCCCCCCGGCGAGUCCCCCGCGCUCCCCCCCAGCGGCACCGCGACCCCCUCCGGCUCACUCGCCGCCCUCAUCGCUGCGUCUGCGCACCGACCCGCCGCUCCACACAUAGCAAGCCUCACGUCACCUCGUAUUGACAGACGACAUGUUACAUAAAAUAUCUAAUUACACUUGGUCCAAUUAUCGUUAGUGUCCACUAUACUGUUAUCUCUUGUAAAAAAAGCUUUCGUAAAUAAAGCAUUCUGUUGCUUGUCUGAAAGUUGUUAGUAUGAUCAAAAUUCGAUUCAAUAAAUUAAAAGUUAUAUAAGAACUAAUUGCAACAGGUAAUUUGAAUUACAAAGGUAGCAACAAGUUCUACACAACAUAUCUGAUCGGUAAGAAAUCAUGUCGCAUUUUGAGACAGAAUCUAUAUUUAAUAAAUACUUAUAAAAAAAAUGUACCUAAGUACCUUAAUUAAAUAAUAAUUUAUAAACUUCACGAAAUAGAUAGGCCGGUGUUGGUCAAUGAAGUAAAACGAUGAAAUGAAGCAGAACAAUAGAAGGAAGCGUCAAAAGACUUCAUAAAGGAGUUUGAAGAUUCUAACAUCGUUCCGCCAUCUUGAAUACUUUCCAAAUAAUUGGUCAUUGGAAUAAAAUGUGUCACAGAUUAUCAAUAUUCUGUAAAAUUGCAUGGUCAUAGUUACUCUAAACUACUUUCGUUCCAGUUUUAUUUCUAGUCUGUGUAAAAACGAGUAAACAGGGAGUUUGUAUGUAGUAACGGACGUGUGCCUUAAAGUUCGAUGUUUCCAACGUUUAUCUGUCGAUCGGUCUGGACAUCCCUCGACGAUCUCAAAUAACGUAGCUUUAGGUUUAGAUUCACAAAAUAAUAUUAAAAGGUCCACGGUUAAUCGUGACGGGGCGUGCUCACAACUGACGGGUCAUGAUCACUAGUGACAAGUCGCGAUCAUAAGUGACGGGUAAUGAUCAUAAGUGACUAUGGCCUCAGUUGCGCAAUUCUAUUCUGUAAACCUUUUAAUAGUUUCGACUGUGAAUUGUGAUAGUUUAAAAUAAUAUUGUUAACAUGCAAGAAAUAUAAAAUUAAUGGACGGGCUCUUUAUUUAAAUAUUAAGCUAUUAGUAAACGCAUUGCAAAAAAAUUGUCAUAAUCUUUUGUUGAAUUAACUUUGUAUUUUCAGAUAUUUUUUAUAUUGCCUGUUUUGAAUUUGGUACGUUUAUUGUGAAGUGGUAAGGCCUGUCUAUUCAUUUGACCACAAUCAAAGUGUUUUAGUAGGUAAGUCACACGAAAUGUAUCAGUUUGUAAACACAUGAGUCGUUGUAAAUACUAUGUGUAUUUGUAUAUAUUGUAACAUAUUGGAGUAGAGUACGGUAGGUGUAAGUAGGAGUUAUUUAUUAGCGCGUAGUGUAGACAGUUUGCAAUAAUAUACGUGUAGAACAACAUAAUAAUAAAUACAUUAAUUGAUAAUUUA